AUUCUUAUAAGAAAAAGUUGUCAGUGCAAUCAUCUUCUCCACGAUUUCCAUUUAUAAAUUAUUUCUUAUCAGUCUUACUUCAAAAUUUAACGAUUUUUGAGACUAAAAUCGAUCAAAUUAGUGAAUUUAAAAAUGGAUCCAGCAAUGGCAAAUUUGAAAGCACAAAUGUUCCAAUGUGUUGCUGAUGAAUCAGCAUGCAAAGGAAACAACAAAGUUACCGUUGUCGGUAUUGGAGCUGUCGGAAUGGCUGCUGCAUUCUCCAUUCUUGCUCAAAAUGUUUCAAGUGAAAUCGCUCUCAUCGAUAUGUUCGAGAAUAAGUUGAAAGGAGAAAUGAUGGAUUUGCAACAUGGGUCGAAUUUCCUAAAAAAUGCAAAGAUUACAUCAAGCACUGAUUUGUCAAUUUCUGCUGGUUCUCGUUUGAUCAUCAUUACAGCUGGCGUCCGACAAAAGGAAGGUGAAAGUCGUUUGGAUUUGGUUCAACGCAAUACUGAUGUUUUAAAAGGAAUGGUACCAAAACUUGUUGAAUACAGUCCCGACACGACUUUGUUGAUUGUUUCCAAUCCUUGCGAUAUUUUGACUUAUGUCGCAUGGAAGUUAUCAGGAUUGCCAAAAAAUCGAGUCAUUGGAUCAGGAACCAAUUUAGAUUCAUCUCGUUUCCGCUUUUUAUUAGCUCAACGUCUAAAUGUUGGACCAACAUCAAUGCACGGUUGGAUUAUUGGUGAACAUGGAGAUUCAAGUGUUCCAGUUUGGUCAGGUGUCAACAUUGCAGGCAUUCGUUUGCGUGAAAUUAAUCCACAAGCCGGUCAAGAUAAUGACCCGGAAAAUUGGUCACAAUGCCACAAAGACGUUGUUAAUGCUGCUUAUGAAGUCAUUAAGUUGAAAGGCUACACUUCUUGGGCUAUUGGUCUUAGCUGUGCUGAUCUUGCUUCAGCAAUCUUCACAAACUCAAAUACAGUUAAAGCUGUUUCAACAUUGGUUAAAGGAAUUCAUGGAAUUGACAAGGAAGUGUUCUUGUCGUUACCGUGUGUGUUGAACAGCAACGGAGUCACCAGUAUUGUUAAACAGCAAUUGAGUGCUGAUGAACUUGCAAAACUUCAUGCUUCCGCUGAUUUGAUGGAUCAAGUUCAACGUGGAAUUACAUUUUAAAGAAAUCUCAAUAUUUGAUGGAAUGUUGGGUAACUUUAAGGUUACCUUUAACUGCACGAUUAUCAUAACUUAAUAAAUUUAAAUGUUGUAUGAUUUUAUUUCUGUACAUUUAGACGAUUCCUUUAUUUUUGUAAUAUUUGUUAAGUUAAUUUAUUUAUUUCUAUUAUUUUUUGAGAAACUUACGAAUAAAUGUUUAUAUUGAUUUCAUUACAAGAACUGAUGAAUCUAAAAAUCAGAUGUAUGCUAAAUAGAAACUGCCGAUGAAUCUCACAAUUGCCGAUAUCAGUAAAAAGAAUGAUCUUUGUCUUUCACAAAACUUCAAUGUUUAGGAUUGAAUUGGAAAUAGGUUUCGCACGCUUUGUGGAUAAAUAAUUAUUAAAAAUUGAUGAAAAAUUAGAAAACAAAAAUAGAAGUUGAGAAUUUUGGAAAAUUGUAACAAAGAAAAAUUUCUUGUCUUUAUUUUUGUGUGUGUGUAUGUUGAAAAAAUUAAACAAAAGAAGAAGAACGAAAUUUGUACAAAAUUUAAAAUGAAAAUUGGCAAAAAUUUCGGCUGUAAAAUAUUUGGAGAAUAAUUUUUGUCAUUCAUUUCACCGAAAAACUACCUCAAAAGCAUUGAAAGUUUGCAUGAUAUUUGUGAAAUUUCAACGGCAUGAAAGAAGCAUACAAACCAUACUUAAAUGUUAUUUUUUAAUUUUUAAACUGAUGAUGUAAUUCCAGAGAUAUUUCAAAAUAAAAUUUUAUUUCAAUUAGAGAAGAAUAAAAAAUUCCAAUCUUCUUAUUUGUAGACA